GGCCGAGGCGCGGAGCGAACCGGGCCGGGUCGCGUGGGGGUCGCGAGGAUCCAGAGUUGGGCCGGGUGGAGCGGUGACUCGGAAAGCUCAGGAUCCCAAGGAGACAGAGAGGACAAGAGCUGAGAGGCAUCCGGAGAGCGGCGGGGAGCGCCAGGGAGGGAAAGGGUGGAAAAUAGGGGACGGUCCUGGUGGGGAGCCUGGAGAGCGGGCGGGACUCGCGGCCGGAGCUCGGAGGGGGUCCGGGGACAGAAAUGGGCGAGGCAGCGCGCCGUGGAAGCUGUGAGCGGUCUGGUUAGUUGGUAAGACCCGGAGGUGUUCAAGUUCCGAGUCGUGUGAGGGCUGGGCGGGGAGGAGCGGUCUCGGGGGAGGCCUGGGGGUGGGCAGCUGGUGCAGGAGGGCGGGGCUGCGAUCUGAGCCAGGUGGAGAGCGGGCAGGUAGAGGGGCGCAUGAGACGACGGGCAAGUGGGCUGAAGUGUGAGGCUGGUGUGAAGACGUGAAGCAGGAUCCGGUGGAGGCGGGGAAAGUGUGGUGGGCAGCAUCUCAGGAGUGAGGCGAGCACAGGCUGAGGGUGGCCACGAGGUGAGCGUGUGCAGGGGAGGGAACCCUAGGCCGGGUCAGGGCAGUGUCCUCCCCCAUGAGGGAAGCCCCUCCCUGGGGUCCCUGAAACCAUGCUGUCCCGCAAGGGCAUCAUCCCUGAGGAGUACGUGCUGACACGGCUAGCAGAGGACCCGGCCGAGCCCCGGUACCGCGCCCGAGAGCGGAAGGCUCGCUUUGUGUCCAAGAAGGGCAACUGCAACGUGGCCCACAAGAACAUCCGGGAGCAGGGCCGCUUCCUGCAGGACGUGUUCACCACACUGGUGGACCUCAAGUGGCCGCACACGCUGCUCAUCUUCACCAUGUCUUUCCUGUGCAGCUGGCUGCUCUUUGCCAUGGUCUGGUGGCUCAUCGCCUUUGCCCAUGGUGACCUGGCCCCUGGUGAAGGCACGUCGGUGCCCUGUGUUACCAGCAUCCACUCCUUUUCAUCUGCCUUCCUUUUCUCCAUCGAGGUCCAGGUAACCAUCGGUUUUGGUGGGCGCAUGGUGACAGAGGAGUGCCCGCUGGCUAUCCUGAUCCUCAUUGUGCAGAACAUCGUUGGGCUCAUGAUCAAUGCCAUCAUGCUGGGCUGCAUCUUCAUGAAGACUGCCCAGGCGCACCGGCGGGCAGAGACACUCAUCUUCAGCAAGCACGCGGUCAUUGCUCUGCGCCAUGGCCGCCUCUGCUUCAUGCUCCGCGUGGGCGACCUCCGGAAAAGCAUGAUCAUCAGUGCCACCAUCCACAUGCAAGUGGUACGCAAGACCACAAGCCCCGAGGGCGAGGUGGUGCCCCUCCACCAGGUGGACAUCCCCAUGGAGAACGGUGUGGGUGGAAACAGCAUCUUCUUGGUGGCUCCACUCAUCAUCUACCACGUCAUCGAUGCCAACAGCCCGCUCUACGACCUGGGACCCAGUGACCUGCACCACCACCAGGACCUCGAGAUCAUUGUCAUCCUGGAAGGUGUGGUAGAAACCACGGGCAUCACCACCCAGGCCCGCACGUCCUAUCUGGCUGACGAAAUCCUCUGGGGCCAUCGCUUUGUCCCCAUUGUGACGGAGGAAGAUGGCCGCUACUCUGUGGACUAUUCCAAGUUUGGCAACACCAUUAAAGUGCCCACACCGCUCUGCACAGCCCACCAGCUCGAUGAGGACCACAGCCUGCUCGAUGCCCUGACUCUCGCCUCGGCCCGUGGGCCUCUGCGCAAGCGCAGUGUGGCUGUGGCCAAGACCAAACCCAGGUUUAGCAUCUCUCCAGAUUCCCUGUCCUGAGUCUGGGAGUCCACCGUUCAUGUGGGCACUUCGGCAGUGUGUUGUGGCUGAAGGCUGCAGAAGGCUGAAGGCUGCAGAACUAAGGGGUCAGAGCCACCUGCUGCCCUAAGUGAGAACUACAUGAUCUCAGAAAAUCAAGGCUGCAGGA